CCUUUCCGGCGACCCGUUGUAAAAUGUUUAGCAGCAGCAGCGGGCAGUUACUUUAAAGUGGCUACAGUGGAGCAGUUCAUGGCCUCACGGGUAAGAUCUGAUCUGAGAAGGGCUCCGAGCAGAUACAUGGACUGGCUGCUGCACUGACCGACACUUUUACUGGAAAGUGUAGCGUUAACAAGGCACCAUGAAGCCUCCCUCUCGUCAUCGGAUCUUGCCAUCAAAAUUUUUGCCCUCGAAAAGGAUUGAGUCAACUCGUAGGUCCUUUCAUGGGUGGAAAAACCAAGAGAAACGGAACCUUCUACAUGGCCUGAAACAGCAACAGAGGUUAAAUUCAGAGCUGGACCUGUUGGAGCUUCGAAAGAAAGUGCCCAAACGUACUCUGCUUGAGAUUCAAAAUCUGAUAAAGUAUUUGAGGACGCGAGUUGUGUGGCAAGUGCAUCGGCAAGUUAAAAAACAGAAAUAUGAGGAACAGAGGACCAAAGCUCCAAUUGAAAUAUGGGCAGAACUGGCAGAGAAAAUGGCUGGCAUCCAUGAGGAAACAAUAUCCUCUGCCUUUUCUCAAAUGCUUGUGAUUGCUGCCACAGAGCCUUGCAGCCAGCAACACUCUGAUCCCCCACGUUUCUGCAGCAUUCUGAGCCCUGCAGCCAACACCUCAAGCACGGUACCAGUGAGGCCCACAUCUAGAUCACAGUCUGAAUCUGAUCUGCCUGCUAAUCCUUCUACUGUAACAGUCCAACCUGGUAGAACCUGUAAACCUCCCUCUCAGUCACCUGGAAAAGAUGGAAAUUCAAGCUUCUCUGGCAAAAACACAAUGGGAACAUCUUCCAUCAUUCAGCCCUCCUCCAUUUCCAGAAUUGAGGAGGAUUCAGAUUGUGCACAGCCAAGUAGAAGUGUGGCAGGUCAAGCAUCAGAAAAGCCAUCCACACCCAGUUUGCCCAAAUCAGACCUCUGUCAGUUUACAAGUAGCCAGAAUCAUACAGCCUCAAAACCAACAUUACCAGUGCCCACUACAACUACUGCAUCUACUGCUACAGUCUCAUCAAGCUCUAAUCAGUUGGAUAAGCAGGGCAAAAGACAGUCUGAGCUGCCCAGAUCAAUGGGAAUGAAGUAUACAUUGGAUUUUGAGAAGAUUUACCAAUUUCUGAGUGAAAUUGAUCAACAAGACCGCAGUCUGACUCUUACUGCAAUGGAGAAUGCAGUGCUUUUGGACUUGUUGAUGUCUUUGCCUGAGGAGCUCCCCUUGCUUGACUGCAAGGAAUUGCAGCAUCAUCUCCUUCAGGUACACACACGUCUGACCACACCUCCUGUGACUGCAGUCUCCAUUCCCAGGGCUGACCAGAGACCUGCGCCUGCUGAGCCAGCCACAGCUGGCAUAACAAAACGGACUGCUACAGUUGAUCAGCAGGCUAAUUGUGCAGCAGGACAGAAUGUUCAGAAGGAAGGUCUUUCAAAUGUAGCGUCAAAACAAGGGGAUUCUACUGGAUUACCAGUGUCUGAAGGUGAAAGCUCUAGUCAGUCAUCUGCAGUCAACCCUCCAAUAGGUGUAGGAAAUUGGGCAGAAGCUGGCCUGUGUCCACUAAAUCCAUUCAUGGUACCAAUCACCCUGCUUAAACGGCAGGAGUCUUAGGAUAGUUGUUUAUUUAGCUCUGGCUUUCUGGAACUAUGAGGCUGGAAGAUGGUGAUCAUACAAUAAUUGUAUUCCAGGGUUCCACUCAAGGAUAGCGCACUGCUUGCCCUUUUGGAAGUGCUAAAACUUUUAUUUAUACUUUUAAACCAGAUUGGUUUAAAGUAGUUUGAAAAAUAUUCCCUUUUGUAUAUGAGAAUUUAUCAUAGAGAUUCACAAUAAAUCUGUUAAAUGCAGUUACAUGGAUACAUUUUUUAUGACAUGGUAUUUCGAUACAAAUUAGGCUGUGUAAUAGUGUGUAAUGUAUAAUGCUAGGGCAGGUAUUCUCAAGGUUCUUAAUCAAAUCCUUAAAAUCCCCAUCUUGUCUUGCACCAGACUGUUGUCAGUCUUUAGCACAAUGGUGCACUGUGUUUCUGUUCACUUGACUGUGUGUUCUACCAACCAUGCAUCAUAGGAUGUAGGCCAUAGGUUGUAUUUUGUUAUAUUUUUACUUUAUCAAAUAAAUGUAUUAUUUUGUUUGUGAAUUAUGUUCUUUGAAUGAAAUAUGCAAAUAUCGUUCAGUGUCUGUGUUAGGUAUUAUGUAUGUAAACAAUUGUUUCGUUUUGAUUCUUUCGAAACAGUUCAGUUUAUCAGCAGAUCUCAAAUGUCAUUGCAAUUCAGUUUGCUUAACAAUGACAUUCUUGAGGGUUAUGUUGAAGAAAAUACACUCGAUAUACAAAUGUGACUGUAGGAACCAGCAGCAUCCCAGCCCUUUUCCCCCUCAUGUAUCUUUCUCCCGUAUUAACUGCUGAUUUUCAGUCACUAACUAUAGGCAGGGGACAAUUAAAGGAAAAGGUUUAUAAAUAAAUCAAGAAAUAUAAUAAGUUCAGAUGCUUCCAGACUGGUGUACUUUGCAUUUUGCUCUCAUGCUUUGGUUUCACUUUUCUAAUUAAAGGGAAGGGCCACUGCACAUGAAUAUAAUCACUUUUGUCCUAUAAUGAAACAUUUCUGUCCUGAUGGGAGUGGUCUCUUCUGGCACAACAGUGCCCUCAUACCCCAUACAAGCAUUCACUGAAUAGUUUGAUGAGUAUGAAAAUGAUAUAAAUCGUGCCAUGUCACCAGGUCUCAACACAAUUGAGCACCUUUUGGGAGAUUUUAGACUUAGUUAUUGGACGGCAUUCUCCCCCACCAUUAUCAAAACUGGGCGUUUUCUUCAGGACGCAUGAAGGUGUAUCAGCUUGUAUCAACAAUUGGUUCCAGUGUGAAUUGUGUUGUCAUGUGCAAACAUUGGAUGAAUGGGCGCUGUACAGUUUGUUGACAAUGAAAAUGUUGUGAAGUUAGUCAUUGUAAAGUUAAAAGUUAUUGCCUCCUUAGACUGUAAACUUUGGAGUUGUCACAUACUGUAACAAGGACACCUAGUGUCACUGCUGCGAAUCACCACAACCUAUUUGACUGCUAAAAGCACCCUCUUGUGGACAGUAUUUAGCCAGCUGAAUGUGAGUAAUUUACAAGCCAGAUGAAUAUGCUUCACACAUUUAAAGAAAGGUUUUUUAUUGAUAAGAUAAAAAAGCAUUUAAUAAAUAGUAUUGGCUAGUGUUUUUGCAAUUCUUUUUUAUGAAUUGCACGCAGAGAAAGAUUUCAUUUCAGGUUCAUGGAGUUAAAUCAAAACAUUUACUGCAAAUGUUUAUAGUGAUUAUGAAUGCAAAGUCAGCCUAGAGGGGGAGGAGGAAGUACUUUACAUUUUCUGAACUCUAAAUAGUAUUAAAUUAGUGAAUUGGUCCCAAAGAUUACAAGUGGAUUUAGAGGUGAGAACUAAUACAAGCUUUCAACUUCUUCUUCUUCUUCCGGCUGCUCCCUUUAGGGGUUGCCACAGCGGAUCAUCUGCUUCCAUCUUGCCCUAUCCACUGCCUCCUCUACUUUUACACCAACCAUCUCCAUGUCCACCUUCACUACAUCCAUAAACCUUCUCUGAGGUCUACCUCUUCUCUUUCUACCCGGCAGCUCCAUCUCCAACAUUCUUUGACCAAUAACACAAUAACAGUAACACAAGCUUUCAA